AUGGCUUUUAGAGCAACGGGUUAUUGGAAAUCAAUGAUCACUCAAUUGGAAAUUAGGAGCUCGAACCGAUUAUUUGCAUCAUCCACAACUCAAAGGAUGAAACAAUAUACCACUGCUCCAGGUGAUCUCCCUCCCAACAAGCAUUGGGACUAUAUGCCGAUUUACAUUGUGGGGGGAAUGGUUGCGGCGGCAAUAAUGAUCGCGGCACACACAGCAAAGCAGCAGUUAAGGCAUUGCCCUAAUGUGGUGAUCACCAAGCAGAAGAGGGCAUCUAUAUCAGAGCUUGACAGUCCUAAUCAAGCUACUGCUUCUGGCCAAAAGUUCUUGAACAAGUCUUUCCUCCGAAAAGUGGCUCACAUUCAGGAACCCAAACGUUCAACUUCUAAAUCUAUUACACAUAUAUGGUGUUGCAUUUCAAAUAACUCUUCUUCUACAUGUUAA